AUGUUGGGUUUAAAACGCUUUAUCUCGACCUCGAAUAAGGCUAAAAGUGCAGCAGCCACCGCUGUUCGUGUUGCAACGGAAUCUGCGGCUCCUCCCCCAGUUUCAGCACUAAAAAUGGCAUUGUCGCUCGAACACCCUAGGAAUGAAUGGAGUAAAGAACAAUUAAGGGAAAUUUACCACACUCCGUUGCUGGAACUAGUACAUUCCGCUCAAUUGCAGCACCGCAAAUGGCACGACCCAACCAAAGUGCAAUUGUGCACUUUGAUGAAUAUCAAAAGUGGUGGUUGCUCAGAGGAUUGUAAAUACUGUGCACAGUCGUCUCGUUACGACACUGGCGUUCAAGCUGAAAAACUUGUAGCGCUAGACUCGGUGCUGAAGGAGGCAGAGGAAGCCAAGAAGAACGGAUCGACCAGAUUCUGUCUGGGAGCCGCCUGGAGAGAUAUGCAGGGGCGUAAGUCGGGUCUGCGUAAAAUUUCAGAGAUGGUCACCAAAGUCAACGCCAUGGGUAUGGAAACAUGCGUAACAUUGGGAAUGGUCAAUGAAGACCAGGCAAAACAACUCAAAGACGCUGGUUUGACCGCUUACAAUCACAACAUCGACACUUCCAGAGAGCACUACCCCAAAGUAAUCACCUCGCGGUCGUACGACGACCGUUUGAAUACCAUUAAGAAUGUGCAAAAUGCUGGAAUCAAGGCCUGCACCGGUGGUAUCUUGGGCCUAGGAGAAACCGAGGAAGACCACGUUGGUUUCCUACACACUCUGGCCAACAUGACCCCUCACCCAGAAUCGCUGCCGAUCAACAGACUCGUGCCGAUUAGUGGAACUCCAAUGGCAGACGAUUUGAAGAAGCCAGAAGCUAAAAAGCUCAAAUUCGACGACAUUUUGAGAACGGUGGCCACUGCAAGAAUCACCAUGCCACGCGCUAUUAUCAGACUGGCAGCAGGAAGAUACACCAUGAAGGAAACUGAACAAUUCUUGUGCUUUCAAGCCGGUUGCAAUGCCAUUUUCACAGGUAAAAAGAUGUUGACCACUAUGUGCAACGGUUGGGAAGAGGACAAGGCGAUGCUUGCCAAAUGGGGACUGGAGCCAAUGGAAAGCUUCAAAUACGAUGCGGAUCAAAGAGCCGUUGCUGCCGAGGGCUCCAUAUAA